GUAGUGAGUCUACCACAGAUGGCCAUCCAUUAUGUGGUUGAAAUGGCCAAACUCCCCUAAGUGGAUGCAUGGAAUGGGGAAAUCACUAACACACAAUAUUUAAAGUGCUCAUUGACUAGCAGAAGUAGUGAAGUAGUGAAGAGUGCAGCAUCCAUUAAACAAUGCUGUCUAGAAAUAUUCUCAGCUGGUUAGUACUACUGACCAUAGCUACUGUUACCAGGAGUGAGCACUAUCACAUUGUGCCAGUGGAUUCAACCGACUUGUGUAAUGGAUAUCGAAAUGGAACUUGUUUCACUCUCCAGCAGCUUGUUCAAACAGAUCUGUUAUCUGGUGGAGAUAAUCUCACCUUGAGCUUUCUACCUGGAGAUCAUGUGUUAACUGAGCAGUUAUUGAUUAGUAACUUCUCAAAUGUGCACAUCACUGGCCAGAACACAAAUACAACUGUCGUUGGAUUCCAUAGCAAUGGUGCGAUACGUUUUGUUAGUCUUACCAAAUUAAAUAUUGAACAUUUGGGCUUCAUCGGAGUGAAUGUUGGACCACUAAACACACAACAAGGAUUGAUCAUUGUUGGUGCCUACAAUGUUUACAUCAAUGACUGCAACUUCAUGGAUUUUGUAUUACUCAAUCAGGCAGAACCCCACAUAGUUACGAUCACUAAUACACAAACUGCAACAAUUGAGAGCACUCUCUUUAUGAACAACAUUGGUCGGGCACUGCACGUUGAGGCUGAUGAGGAUGUGAACAUAAUAAAUAGCGAGUUCACUAGAAAUGAUGGAGGUGCGGUUAACAUUAAAUCAAACAACUCUCUGAUCAACAACACAAAGUUCCACUGUAACAGUGCUUGGAGCGGAGGAGCAGUAGAAGUGGUAUCUGGUACUGUAGUGAUCACUUGGUGUAACUUCACAAAUAACAAUGCUUCUGACAAUGGUGGAGCAAUUCAUGUUGACUCAGGCAGUAGUGUGUCCAUCUCUCACAGUGAGCUGACAAACAACAGUGCUGUUUAUGAUGGUGGAGCAAUUGGUGUUUACUCAGGUAAUUUGUUAAUCUUGAACAGUGAGCUGGCAUACAACAGAGCUGGCUAUGGUGGAGCAAUUCGUGUUGAUUUAGGCAGUAGUGUGUCCAUCUCCAACAGUGAGCUGACAAACAACAGUGCUGUUUAUGAUGGUGGAGCGAUUAAUGUUGUUGCAUCAGGUAGUGUUUCCAUCUCCAACUCUGAGCUGACAAAUAACAGUGCUGGCUAUGGUGGAGCGAUUCGUGUUGACUCAGGCAGUAGUGUGUCCAUCUCUCACAGUGAGCUGACUAACAACAGUGCUGUUUAUGAUGGUGGAGCAAUUGGUGUUUACUCAGGUAAUUUGUUAAUCUUGAACAGUGAGCUGGCAUACAACAGAGCUGGCUAUGGUGGAGCAAUUCGUGUUGAUUUAGGCAGUAGUGUGUCCAUCUCCAACAGUGAGCUGACAAACAACAGUGCUGUUUAUGAUGGUGGAGCGAUUAAUGUUGUUGCAUCAGAUAGUGUUUCCAUCUCCAACUCUGAGCUGACAAAUAACAGUGCUGGCUAUGGUGGAGCGAUUCGUAUUGACUCAGGCAGUAGUGUGUCCAUCUCUCACAGUGAGCUGACAAACAACAGUGCUGUUUAUGAUGGUGGAGCAAUUGGUGUUUACUUAGGUAAUUUGUUAAUUUUGAACAGUGAGCUGGCAUACAACAGAGCUGGCUAUGGUGGAGCAAUUCGUGUUGAUUUAGGCAGUAGUGUGUCCAUCUCCAACAGUGAGCUGACAAACAACAGUGCUGUUUAUGAUGGUGGAGCGAUUAAUGUUGUUGCAUCAGAUAGUGUUUCCAUCUCCAACUGUGAGCUGACAAAUAACAGUGCUGGCUAUGGUGGAGCGAUUCGUGUUGACUCAGGCAGUAGUGUGUCCAUCUUCAACAGUCAGCUGACACACAACAGUGCUAACCAUGGUGGAGCAAUUAGUGUUUACAAAGGUAGCAUGUCCAUCUCCAACAGUGACCUGGCAUACAACAAUGCUUUCUACGGUGGAGCGAUUCGUGUUGACUCAGGCAGUAGUGUGUCCAUCUCCAACAGUGAGCUGACAAGCAAUAGAGCUGUCUUUGAUGGAGUGAUUUAUGUUCUAUCUGCCAACACGUCCAUCAUUAACAGUACGCUAGCCAACAACCGUGUUAACCAGGGAGUGAUUUAUGUUCUAUCUGCCAACACGUCCAUCAUUAACAGUACGCUAGCCAACAACCGUGCUCACCAGGGAGUGAUUUAUGUUUACCAGUCUGCCUUGAUCUUGAAAGGAACUAACAUUACUAACUAGUGUUCAAGCUGGCGCUGUGCUAAUGCCUCUCGCCAUGUUUUUGCUUUCGCUGAAAAGUAUUAGAGUGUUAUAUUAGUUUCUAUAAUGAAUUUUAUAUUAAAGUUAACUUAUCUAUAUAAA